AUGACAACCGAGACAGGGGCGAUUAUAUACAAGGCCUUUGCGCCGACGAUCAAAAUGAUGAUCUGUAUUGGACUAGGAAUAGUCUUAACAAAACGAUGCAAUUUUCAACCGAUAUACGCAAAGGGUGUCAGUAUAUUGUCUCUGAACAUCUCUUUGCCCCUUCUUAUCUUUGGAUCAAUGGUGACUGCUUUUACGCCAGAAAAUAUCAAAGCGUUUGGUCCGCUGGCCAUGAUGGCUAUAUUCUAUCAGUUCUUGGGAUUGGUCUUCGCUUUGAUCACCAGGGAGAUCUGUUACGUUCCACCAGAUUUUCAGUACGGUAUCUUAGUGAUGGGUGUUUUGUCAAACUGGGGUAAUUUGCCAACAGCGGUUGUUUACACUGUCGCCAAAGGAUCUCCCUUUGAUCCUAGCACCGAUACUGAGCUUGGUGUAGCAUAUAUCGCCGUUUUCGUGCUGGUCAUGACCGUGACCUUGUUUCCGCUUGGGAUGCACAAGAUGUGUGCUUGGGAUUUCCGAGAAGAAAACCUCGCACGAGAUAAACCUUUGCCCCUUCGUCAACGAUGGUCUCAACGAUUUGAGUCUAUCAAAUCCAUAAUUCGACCUGCUAAAAUCAAAUCAGAUGAUGAAGAGCAACAGGGCGAAAAAAGCCAUGAUAGUGCUACUACAUUGAGUGCGCCUACCGCUUCACCUUCAGACGUAUUAAGUCGACAUCGCUCUGAGCAUGAUUAUCAUAAAUCUGCUAGAACAACAUCUACAACGGAUAUGGAAGGAGAUGCAGAAGAUGGAGAUAUAGUAGCACCUGAUUUAGUCUAUCGAGCUAGAUUUGCUGGAGGAGCCGAUGUCACACGUAAGAAAUCAAGAGCUUCAUCAUUUCACUCCUUGAUGGAGUCUACAAGACCAAUUCCACCUACAGCACCUCUGGACGCUGUCGGAAUUGCUGAACCGUGUCAAGAUCCAACGUCUCCUGAACCCGAUAUAUUACAGCCUGUAUGUUCUCGACACGGAGGUGAAACUUAUAAUUACCAUCAUCCUGCUACACCGGCACCUUCCAUUCAUGCGGCGAAACCACCACUUAAGAAGAAGAUCAUGAAAUAUGUGAACCCUUUUUUAAGUCCUUUCAUGGCUGCGAUUAUACUGGGGAUCAUCUGUUCAACCGUACAGCCAAUCAAAGCUCUUUUCGUCACAGGUGUACCUGGCUGGUCAGGAACGAGAAUACCAAAUGCACCUAAUGAUGAACCUCCUCUAGCGUUCAUCAUGGAUACCGCUACUUUCUUGGGCAGCAUCUCGAUUCCCGGUGGUUUGGUCUUGCUAGGAGCUAGUUUUGGAAGACUGAAGGUCCCCAAGAAUUGGAAUGAAGUUCCUUUUGCUGCCAUUUUCGCCAUGACCGCGUUCAAAAUGAUAGUGACACCAAUCAUCGGGACGUUCUUCGUUAUCGGACUCAGGGAUCAUACAAGCCUGUACCCAAAGGAAGAUAAGAUGAGAACGUUUGUCGCUGUCCUCUUGAGCGGUACUCCAGCGUCUGUUAAUCAGUUAGUCAUCACCCAAUUGUACAAUCCGCAUGGAACGGCGGAUACACUGUCGACUUUCCUGGCAUUGCAAUAUAUAAUGAUGCCGAUAUUAUCGACAGCACUCGCUGCUAUUGCUCUUUUUGUUGUAAAAUAA